CCCUCUGCUGAAAAGCAGGGGCUCCGAGGGGCGCGAGUGAGGGCCAGAGUCCCCAGACCACCUGCCACUGGGGUCUGAGGACUGACCCCAGCUCCCCGCCGGCCUCCUUCCUGGGCCCAGGACGUGCCUGGCAUGUGUCGAGGCUGAGUCACCCUGGCUGGCCGUGCCCCUCAGAGCCCGGGCCAUGGCCACCGCCCACCCGAGAAGGAAGGGUGGGUGCCCGCUAUGCUGGAGGAGCUAGAGCCUCCUGGGAACUUGGGAACCCCAUUUUUGAGGCCCGCCCACGGCCCCACCCCUCCCCAGGAGGGAAAAGGGAGCUGCCAGUGGCUCAGCUCACAGGCACUGGGAGGACCAGAGGACAGACGGCGGUGCCACUCCAGGCCGGGCCAUGGACCCCCACGAGAUGGUGGUCAAGAACCCGUACACCCACAUCAGCAUCCCCCGGGCUCACCUGCGCCCGGACCUGGAGCAGCAGCUGGAGGCCGGCCCCGGCCCCUCGGAGCUGCAGCCUCUGUCUGGGGGUGCCUGCGCCCUGGAGCCCAGCCGCCUCCUGCAGCCCGUCGAGGAGGUCUGGGGGCCCCAGGGGGCCAAGGGGGCCAAGGGGGCCGCCCCCUUCCAGGGCCAGCAGUCCUGGCAGCAGCCUGGCAACCCCUACUGCAGCGGGCAGCGCCCGGCGGGACUGACCUACGCCGGCCGGCCGCCCAUCGGGCGCGGCGACGACAUCGCGCACCACUGCUGCUGCUGCCCCUGCUGCUCCUGCUGCCACUGCCCCCGCUUCUGCCGCUGCCACAGCUGCUGCUGCGUCGUCUCCUAGCCCGGCCCGCCCGGCGGCGGCCAGACUCGGCUCGGGAGCGCGGCGGCGCGUGGACAUUGGAGGCACCCGCUGGGCCAUCGACACGGGUGCCAGCCACCUCCCACCCUAGGCAGGGACACCUGCGUGCCACCAAGGCCAACAGCUCAGCUCGGGCCUCUGGAAAAGGGGCCCCCUCCCCCCUCCCCCCUCCCCCAGGCCCGAGCCUGGUAAUAAAGCAGUGA